AUGGAGGCUUUGCAAAUGAAGAGGGUAAAUGAGGUUACCACUGGACCCAGAUUGGAAAAUGUUUGUGCAAUUUGUGAGACCCAGGAACACUCCACUAGUGAGUGUCCCACCAUUCCCUCUCUGAAAGAAGUGAUUAGUGGUCAGAUUUCAAAAGGAAAUGAUGAAGGCUCUUCAAGCAAUGUUUUCGAAGAGCCUAUUCAUGAAUCUAAGAGUAAUGAGGUGAUGCAAGAGCCCCAAGAGAUUGAGGGUGAGAAAGUUGUUGCAAAAGAUCCAAUAGUCAUUCCGUACCCACAAAGACUCAAGGCUCCUCAAAAGGGAAGGUGUAAUGUUGAAAUGCUUGAAUUGUUCCAACAAGUGAAGGUGAAUAUACCUCUGCUUGAUGCCAUAAAACAAGUACCUGCAUAUGCUAAAUUUUUAAAGGAUUUGUGCACUGUAAAGCGAGAGCAUAAUGUGCAUAGCAAAGUCCUUUUGGCUGAACAAGUGAGCUCAAUCUUAAAUGCAACUACACCUCCCAAAUACAAAGACCUUGGGAGCCCGACCAUUUCCAUAGUGAUAGGGGAAUUCAAAUUUGAGCAUGCCUUGCUUGAUUUGGGGGCGAGUGUGAAUCUUCUCCCCUACUCUGUCUAUGAACAACUUGGGUUAGGAGAGUUGAAGCCAACAAAGAUGACCUUAGAAUUGGUAGAUAGAAGUAUUAGGAUCCCUAAGGGAGUCGUGGAGGAUGAUUUAGUACAAGUGGAUCAAUUCUUUUACCCUGUUGAUUUUGUGGUACUGGAUACUCAACAAGUGGUGACCAAAAAUUCCAACAUUCCUAUUAUCCUUGGUAGACCAUUCCUUGCUACGAGCAAUGCUAACAUCCAAUGCAGGAAUGGUUUAAUGAAAAUCUCAUUUGGGAACAUGACUGCUGAACAUAAAAUUUUUAAUGUCAUGAAGCAAGUUGGGGAUGAUGGUGAUGUGUUUGAAGCUAAUAGCAUUGAUGUUAUUUCUCAGGAACACUUGGAUGCCUUCUCUUGUGAAGACCCUCUUGAAGCAUGCCUGGUAAAUGUUGUGGAGGAUGACUGUGUUGAGAAUCCCAAAGCGAAGCACUUCUGCUCUCUUCUUAAUAUAGUUGAGGUCUUUGAAGUUCAUGGUUGGACUCCUAGAUUUGAGGAGUUAACUCCUUCUGAGACUUAA